CAGCUUGGACAGGAGUUGCAGGUGUUCUGCAAUGUGUGUUUGUUUUAAUCAGCGGUCUGAUCUAUUGGACAUCACAUUCAGAAUCUUGAAGAUGUACGACGGGAGAGGAACAUAAGUCACUUGAUGGGCAUCCCCUCGAGUAAGGAUACAAUUGAUGCUUGUAUAAAUGUGUGUUGGUUGUGCAGUGAGGCUAAGCACCAAGUGUUAAAUCUUCUUUCUACAUAUUGGUAUAAUGACUAAUUUGAAAGCUUCAGGAAAUAUAUGUCUUUGUGAUUAUUACUGAACUGAUUAUAGCUUUUACGUUAAGCCUA